AUCAGUCCAGGUGCUCUUUUCAAUAUAUGCGCUACGUCAUCGACGUGGAAACUGGCUCUUGUAAAUUCAGUAAAACACGAAACAGUGAUUACAGUAAUCUGCAUUUAAAAAAUCGCCGACGACAACCUGUUGUUGUGGACGAAUAGUUUUCAACACUAUGGCUAAUGAUCAAAUAUGCUAUACGCUAGUAAGUUUAUCGUCUGAAGCCAAAGGAUACACUGAGCAAAAACUCAAAGAAGAUUUGCAAAAUAAUGAUGAUAAUGUUAAACGAGAAGCACUAAAGGAACUUAUUCGAUUAAUUAUUAGUGGUGAAAAGUUUCCCAAUCUGCUGAUGACUGUCAUUCGUUUUGUUAUGCCAUCUAAAGACCAUAUGAUCAAGAAACUGUUACUUCUAUUCUGGGAAGUUGUCCCUAAGUAUGGUUCAGAUGGGAAGCUUCUGCAUGAAAUGAUACUUGUUUGUGAUGCUUAUCGAAAAGAUUUACAACAUCCUAACGAAUUCAUCCGUGGGUCAACAUUACGAUUUUUGUGUAAAUUGAAGGAACCUGAAUUACUGGAGCCUAUAAUCCCAUCUAUUCAACAGUGUCUAGAGCAUCGACAUGCUUAUGUUCGACGGAAUGCAGUGUUGGCAAUCUUUACGAUCUACAAAAGCUUUGACUCACUUAUUCCUGAUGCUCCAGAGAAGAUUCUGCGAUUCCUUGAACAAGAGCAAGAUCCUUCUUGCAAAGAAAUGCUUUCAUGAUGUUACUUCAUGUUAGACAGAGUACCGCGCUUGAUUAUCUAACCACUUGUUUGGAUGAAGUUCAGAAUUUCGGUGACAUUCUACAACUUGUAGUUGUGGAAUUAAUCUACAAAGUAUGUCUUGCUAAACCGUCUGAAAGACUUCGGUUUAUUCGAUGCAUUUACAGUCUAUUACAAUCUAGUAGUGCUGCUGUACGCUAUGAAGCUGCUGGAACCUUGGCAACACUUAGUUCUGCACCAAGUGCGAUUAAAGCAGCUGCAAGUUGCUACAUCAACUUAAUCUUGAAAGAAAGUGACAACAACGUAAAAUUAAUCGUUUUAUCACGCCUCACUGACCUACGUCAAUAUCAUGAACGCGUUUUACAAGACCUUGUUAUGGAUAUAGUACAAAUUAUAAAUGCUUCUGAUAUGGAAGUUCGUCAAAAGGCACUUGAUUUAACGAUGGAUCUAGUGACUGCUCGUACAGCUGAGGAACUAAUUAAAAUAUUCCGUAAAGAACUUAUCAAAGCCUGCAGUACAAAUACACGACCCGCAGCUCCAACUGGUGAUGGAGGCAAGUCGUCUGGAGACGAUGAUCAAAAUUCUGAUGAAUCUGUUUAUCGUUACUCACUAGUCCAUACUGUAUAUGAUAUUGCCUUACGGUUUCCAGAAAUAUUGCCGACUAUUGUACCAACUAUUUGUGAUAUCCUAACCUAUGAGGAAGUCGAUGAUACACGAGCUGCUAACGAAGCCUGUAGAUUUUUACGUGAAGCAUUGGAGCGAUUUCCUGAAAGAAAAGCUGAAAUUCUAGAAAAAUUAAUGCAGAUUUUCCCAUCUGUUGUUGGACGGGAAACUCUUCGUCAUUUAUUAUGGAUCUUUGGUGAAUACUGUACAACUUAUGAAGAAAUUAAUGCUUUUAUAACUCUUGUUCGUCAAGUCAUCGGUGAACUGCCCCUUGUUGAUGAAGAAUUACGCAGGCAAGCUGGUCAGAUGAAUUCUACCGAUCCAUCUGGCGAGAACCGAAACCAGCUAUCUGUGCUUAUCUCAGGUGACGUAAAUUUGGGUGUCAAUCCAGCUCAACGUGUUACUGCAGAUGGAACAUACGCAACCCAAUCGGCUCUUACACUCCGUUCAAAUAAAGAUGCAUCUGGUUCAACAAAUGGUAUCAAGCGACCUGUCCUACAAGCGGCUUUGUUUGAAUCACACUAUAUGCCUGGAGUUGUACUAUCUGUUUGUUUAGUCAAAUUAUUUUAUCGUUAUUCAUUAAUUCUCAAUCAAGAACAAAAAAAGGUCAGUAAAGAUGAAACGAUGAAAACUAAACUCAAUUCAAAAGAAAAUUCAUUUGCUGCUGAGUGUAUGCUUAUUAUUGCUAGUAUGAUACAUUUAGCUACAAGUCAAUUGCUUCCACAUCAGGUUAACCCUGACCAUCUUGAUCGUAUGUGGAUUUGUUUAAAAAUUUUAGCUGAUCGUCGCCCUGAAGUUUUGGAAGCUUUUGAACGUACUUCUCGUGCCUGUCUUUCUGAAAUGCUCACUUGUCAAGAAUCGGAACGCAAAAAUAACGCUAAAGCUCGUAAUCAAGGUUUAAUUGAACAUCAAAAACAACUGGCUGAGUUGAAUCGUGCAGAUGCACCAAUCAAAUUUUCUUUACUCACUGGUCAGACAGAAUUCGGUGAUACAGUGGAUCGAUUUGAUCUAACACUUAGUCAAGCAUUGGGAGGAACUGGUAAAGGCAAUUCUGGUGAUGCAUAUGCUACAUCCAAGUUGAAUAAAGUUCAUCAGCUAACUGGUUUCUCUGAUCCUGUAUAUGCAGAAGCUUAUGUGCAUGUCAAUCAAUUUGAUAUUCUAUUAGAUGUUCUUGUUGUUAAUCAGACUAGAGAUACCCUACAGAAUUUAACACUGGAAUUGUCUACAUUAGGUGACUUACGUCUAGUUGAAAAACCAAGUCCGCUAACAAUUGCACCACAAGAUUUCGCGAAUAUCAAAGCAAAUAUUAAGGUUUCUUCUACUGAAAAUGGUAUCAUCUUUGGAAAUAUAUCUUACGAUGUUCGAGGUUCGUCUGGCGAAACAACGUGUAUUGUUUUAAAUGAUAUUCAUAUUGAUAUUAUGGAGUAUAUUAUGCCAGCCACUUGUACACCAAGUGAAUUUCGUCAAAUGUGGUCUGAAUUUGAAUGGGAAAAUAAGGUCACUGUGAAUACACAAAUCAAAGAUCUUUUCACCUAUUUAUCACAAAUUACAAGUCAUACGAAUUUGCGAUGUCUUACGCCUACUGAGGCUCUUCUUGGGGAAUGUGAUUAUCUUUGCGUAACACUUUAUGCAAAGACAAUAUUUGGUGAACAUGUCUUGGCUAACUUGUGUUUGGAAAAGUCAGAAGCAGAUCAACCUGUAACGGGUCAUGUUAGAAUUCGAGCUAAAACGCAGGGUAUGGCUGUUACAAUGGGUGAAAGGGUCAGUACUUGUCAGAAAAACUGGCCGAUUAAUAAUUCACGACAUGUGAAUGGUAACAGUAUGAAACAUCAAGUAGAUGAAAAUUCCGAUACAAAUGUGGUCCAUUCUCCUUUACAAGCUAAUGCAAUGGUGAAUAGUCACUGAUUGACUUGUUUUCUGCGUUAAUUUUUUUCUCUUAUAAUCUGGUAGUCGGCUUAUUUCUCCUCUUCUUCCCUUUUUUUGAACUGAUAUGAAUAGGACAAUUCGUUAUUCCACUUUACUCUCAAAUGCACUUAUGCGUACACACACAUGCACAUAUGCUGCUUCUGCGUGAUCGUAACUGUAUUUCAUCCUUGUGUGUGUAUGUGUUUUUUUUUGUAUCUUGGUCUAAUAUAGUGUUUCUUUUGUUUUU